AUGCACGUACCGACAGGAUCCCGCCGUUGGACGCAUUUCAACUCAGCCCUUCAACUCGCCAUCCAACGUUCAACACACAAGUGGACAUUCGAGGCCUUCACAGAAUGUUUCCCCCUCUACGUCGAGGAGGAGAAGAAUGGCCCUUCAGCAGUGUUUAACGCCAUAUCGGGGCAUAUGGAGUCCCAGAUGCAUGCAGAUUUGGAGGAGCUCUUCGCGAAGUACGGAGUCCAGAAAAACAUCGACAUCCUACACGCCAUUGUCACCGACGCCAAGGAACGAAGCCGCCAAAAUGAGACGCGUAACGAUAUUUGGAGAGAAGACCUUGACCCGCAUAACGCUGUGAGUGCCCGCUCUGUACCCAUUCUCCAGAGCGAGGCGCAGAGGAUCCGGGAACUGGUUGCAGAGGAAGCAGAGAGAAACAAACGACUUCAAGCCGAGCUCGAAGAGAAUAGGGCCGUGCAGGAGAGUGAGAGUGAACAAGCGGCAAUGCUACUUGACAAAGUUGCUCGAAUAAAUGCUGCUUGUGCGAGUAUACCCCAGGCGGAGAUCGAAGAGUGGGAUAUACAAACUGCAGAAUCUUUAAAGGCACUAUAG